GCACAGCAGUGGCCAUCAGGCAAUAACAAAAGCAUCCCAAACCUCAUCCAAUCCAAUCCAAUCCAAACCAAUGACUCUUUUCCUCUCUCUGCCUCAACUCUCACCCCAAAACAUCCACAUUCACACCCACACUCACCAUCACCGUAGUCUCCGACUCAAACCCCAAGCAUCACUGCCACUCUCUUCCAAUCCCCCACAAUCCAACCAAUCCUCAUCCUACUCCAAAACCGGUGUCAUAGUCAUCGGUGCCGGCCUCGCGGGUCUUGCCGCCGCCACUCACCUCAACUCCCAGAACAUUCCUUUCCUCCUCCUGGAAGCAUCCGACGCCGUCGGCGGCCGUGUCAGAACCGACUUCCUCGACGGCUUUCUUUUAGACCGGGGCUUCCAAAUCUUCAUCACUGCCUACCCUGAAGCCCAAAAGCUCCUCAACUACCAAGCCUUAAACCUCCAAAAGUUCUAUUCAGGCGCUCAAGUUUAUUACGACGGAAAACUCCACACCGUUGCAAAUCCUCUACGCCAUUUCUGGGACUCCCUAAACUCUCUCCAAAACCCAAUUGGAUCACUUCUCGAUAAGCUUCUUAUUGCAUCGAAUAUAAUUCGUGUUCUCACCAAAUCCGACGAGGAAAUUAUCACCUCAAACGAAAUUCCCACCAUUGAUCUGUUGAGGAAAACCGGUUUCUCGGACUCCAUUGUCGGGAGGUUCUUUAGGCCUUUCUUUGGUGGGAUUUUCUUCGACAAAGACCUCGAAACCUCGUCGAGGUUGUUCGAUUUUAUCUUCAAAUGUCUUGCUCUCGGUGACAAUGCUCUUCCCGCCAAUGGCAUUGCCGCAAUUCCACAACAAUUAGGGGACAAAUUGCCACCCGGUUCCAUCUUGUUCAAUUCGAAGGUUGUUUCGAUCGAUUUCGAUGGAUCCGAAUCUGAAUCGCCGCCGAGUUUGAGGUUAGAAAACGGUGACGUUUUGAGGAGCGAACUUGGUGUCAUAAUUGCAGUUGAAGAACCUGAGGCUCUUAAGCUUUUGGGAGAGAUAAAGCCAAAGCCAAAGCCAAAUCCAAAACCAGUUCGAACCACGGUUUGUUUGUAUUUCAGUGCGGAUCGGACCCAAGUCCCGGUUCGCGAACCCGUCUUGUUUCUAAACGGGUCGGGUAAGGGGAUUGUGAAUAACAUGUUCUUCGCAACCAACGUGGCUCCUUCUUAUGGCCCACCAGACAAGGCUUUGAUAUCAGUGUCGUUGAUUGGGAUGUUUGAGGAUAUGUCCGAUUAUGAUCUGACGGCUGAGGUUGUUCAAGAGCUUUCGGGUUGGUUUGGGGAGCCAAUAGUGAGGUUGUGGAGGCAUUUGAGAACGUAUCGGAUUGGGUAUGCACAACCGAAUCAAUGUCCACCAACGGAUUUGAUGAAAAAUCCAAGAGUUGGGUCGGGCGUGUAUGUGUGUGGUGAUUAUUUGACUUCGGCUACAUUUGAUGGGGCUUUGGUUUCUGGGAGGAGAGCAGUUGAAGCUUUGCUUAGAGAUAGGGUAUCUACUUCUGUUUCAUAACAUAUUGAUUUAUUAGUUAAUUCAUCCCCCCACCCCCCCUCUCCUUCUCUUUUGAUAUUGUUGCGGUUAUGGGGUUUGGUAUGGGUCCAGUAUUAGACUGCACUGCACUCGACACCAUUCGGACAUGUUGAAUUCAUCGCAUGUUUGGUUGUUUACAUUGUGUCCCAUUACUGUACAAAAGUGUUGCCCUAUCAUUGAUCUGUAAUGCACAUAUCAAACAAAAAUUGCUAUAAACACAAUAUUUGUCACAAUUGUUAAGUUAAUAA